GCGCGCGGGGAGAGGCCGGGGCGGCUGCGGGGAGGCGCGCGCGUGGGCGCGCGCGGCGGGGGGUGCCUGGGUGUCGGGAGGCGCCUCCGGGCGGGCGGGCGCGCGGCGGGGUCAUGGGCUGCUUCUUCUCCAAGAGGCGGAAAGCGGCGAAGGGGGGCGCGCAGGGCGGGGCGGGCCAGGACCCCCCGGCCGCGGACGAGGAGAAGCCGCCGUCGCAGUACAGCUGGGACCAGCGAGCCAAGGUUGAUCCCAAAGACUACACAUUUUCUGGACUUAAGGAGGAAACUGUGGGCCGUUUACCUGGGAAAGUUGCAGGGCAACAAUUUGUCAUUCAGGACUGUGAGAACUGUAAUAUCUACAUCUUUGACCAUUCUGCCACAAUCACAAUUGAUGAUUGUACAAGCUGCCGAAUCUUUCUAGGACCCGUAAAAGGCAGUGUGUUUUUCCGUGACUGCAAAGAUUGUAAAUGUGUAGUGGCAUGCCAACAAUUUCGUACCCGGGACUGCAGAAAGUUGGAAGUAUUCUUGUGCUGUGCCACCCAACCCAUUAUUGAGUCAUCCACAGGUAUGAAAUUUGGCUGUUUCCAGUACUACUAUCCAGAGCUGGCUUUACAAUUCAAAGAUGCUGGACUGAGUAUCUUCAAUAACACAUGGAGCAACAUCCAUGACUUUACACCUGUGUCGGGAGAAAACAAUUGGAGUCUUCUACCUGAAGAUGCCCUUGUUCAGGAUUAUGUCCCCUUACCUACAUCUGAGGAACUAAAAGUAAUCAGAAUUUCUACAGAUACCACAAAGAGCAUAAUUCCAAUAACCCAGGGUGGGAGGCAGAAGAGCAGUGAAGAAUCGUGUCUGGCAGUUUUCUUUGCUGGAGACUACACAACUGCAAAUGCUAGAAAGUUAAUUGAUGAGAUGACUGGCAAAGGCUUUUUGUUGGUUCAGACUAAGGAAGUUUCAAUGAAAGCAGAGGAUGCUCAAAGAGUGUUCCAGCAGAGUGCAUCUGACUUCAUUCCUUUGCUUGAAAAAGGCCCUGUUGUUGCUUUGGAGUUUAAUGGAGAUGAUGCCGUGGAAGGAUGUCGAAGCAUUAUAAAUGAUGUCUUCAGUGGAACCAAGAUUUUUGUAUCGGAGAACAAAGUAUCGGCCUCUCGAGAUGUAGACAGCUUCUACAACUUUGCUGACAUGCAGAUGGGAAUGUGAAGUGUGACUUGAAGAUUUUCUUAUGCAUGGCCUGGCUCACCACUUGGAUAUAGCUUUGGUUUGACUGUGUAAUGCUGCAUUAGUAGCAAGGUUUUUUUUUCUGAUCUUUGUAUUGCAUAUGUUUUUUUAUAAAAGGAAUUGGUAAAUUUAAUACUGCAUCACGUGAAUUACAAUGAACAGUGUAGCUUCACAUGUACACCUGAUACUUAGUACCACUUAAACUUUCUAGUAAUUCAUGAUUAUAGUGAAAUUUUAAUUAUAUUCUGAUGUGAAUAUUCCUCAAAUCUUUUAAUUUGUAGGAUUUUUAGAAAGUAGGUACAAUGCUAGACCACAUUUUAUGUAGUUCUAAAAAAAGUAAUUUCUUAACUGAAACACUGCUGCUGGUAUGUGUCAAUGGUACGUUAGAGAAGGUAACCUGUAGAAUUCACAGAAUUUUCCCAUAUGCAAAAUUAUCUUAAUCAGGAGACAUGUCAUUGCUAACUGAUCUAAAGUUUCUUAAAUUGUUUCCUCUUUUAAAUGGCAUGCUUUCACAGUUGACUUUACUCUGCUUCAGUCUGUGUUCAUAAAAAAACUAAAUGCACCAAGUGUUCUAUACCAGAUGGUCUUAAAUAUUAAUGUACUAUACUAACAUUAAUUUUAAUUACAUUACAAAUAGUAUAAAGUCUGGGAGCUAUGCUGCAGAUGCUUUGUACCCUCUUUUCCACCCUCCCAGCCCCCCAUUUAGGAGUGUCUCCAGUGUUAUAGUGGCUCCUGUCUCAUCCCUCUUUUGGGCUAGUGCAGAGGAUAAGCCUGAGGCUUCCUUACAGCCCAGCUGCCAUAAUGGGUCUUUGACAACCGCCAUAGUUUAGUUACACUGGGACCACACCACAGUCUAGAAUUGGGAGAUGGUUUUAAAGCAGUGUUUGGAUGCAUGCAUCUGAGUGUGCUCCUCCAUCAUGAUGAAGGAUAUGGACACAAGGUCUCCAACGGCUGCAGAUAAUGACUAAUUGUAAAACUAACAUUAGUCAGUUACUUCUAGAAACAGACCAAGAAAGCAUUAAUUUGAGAGGAAAGGAAUGUAACUUUUUUUUUAACAAUAGCUGUCUGAUUUGUAGUUAUUUUUCAGUAAUGAGCUAUAUAGAAUUCCUGGUGGCAUGUACUAGGUACAUCAUUCCAGCAUAAGAACAUUCACUACAAUGUAGUGAAUCUUAAUGCAUACAUAUGAGAAUAUUGGAUCCUCAGCAUGCAGACUGAGCUUGUGCAAGGUCUUACAAGAGUUGAAGUCAGGGUCCCAUAGGCCCUCGGUUCAGACAGCAGAAACUUAAUCUGCAUUAUGUCGCAAAUUUACUGGACUUCUCAACUGACUGCCUUCAUACCAUACGAGGUGAAAACCCACAACUCUUCAGAUUAGAUGUGACUUGCUGGUGUAAACACAAGCUUCCCAGUACCAUUGAAUGUAAAAUGCUAUGUUGUGAUUUCCUAAACAAAAUCUCAUUGACUUUAUAUAGUCUGGUAGUUUAUCCUCCAGCCAUCCAAAGAAAAGGUCUUGCAAAUAGAGCAGGAAAUGACUGUGAUAGUCAGUCAGUGCUGUGGCUUCAGAAUGCCAUAGGAGGCUGGUUGAAAUGCUUUUCCUUUGGGAUUGGUGAAGGAAAGAAAGGGGUAUGUCUGUCUGCAGUAUUCCCAGCCUUUGCAAGGCCCAUAAUGUAAUUAAGAGUAUAUGUAGGUUCUGAAGUCUGCCACUUUGCUGUCACUAGAUAAACGCAUGCUCUUAACUCCACUUUUUUUAAUAUAAGGAAGGUGCACAAAUUGAAAGGAAACUGUUAUUCUAUCUCUAGAGAAGGAGCAUCUUUUGAGCUGACUAACUUGCAAACUGUGCUGAUGCUCAAAAAUCUGUCAUGGACAUGGUAAGGUUCUGUUUUGAUUUGACAGGUCAAAACAAGAUUAUUCUGCCAUUAAGUACUAGCUGGUAGUAGAAAUUAGUAUGUUUUUCUGUUUGGAAGUCGUCAUUCAAAUUCUUAUUCCAGUAUAAUGCAUCUGCCAUGAUGAAAUUUGGGCGGAGGGUAAAAUUUGUUUCAGUAAACUGAGUGGAAAUGAACUGAACACGCAACAGAUCUAUGUCUGUCCUGACACUCACUUUAGAAUCCUGCAUGCUAUAUAUUGCAAAGCUGUUUUCAUGUAAUAAACAGUCGAAAUAUAAUUGGUCAUCCUAUUCUUAAACCCUUUGUGAUCAGUAAAUUAAACCAUGUGCUAUAUGUAAAUGAGGAUUUAGUUCUUUUUUUCCUCUGACCGUUAACACUUUCUGCUUGUUAAUCAGACUGAAGUUCUGUUUUUAAUUGUCUCUACAGGAAUGAGUAACUAUUUCUGCAUUAACUUUCAUAUGACAAACAAAUUUAGGUUUGAAAUAUUG